CGAAACUUACACCUUAAAGGCCCCCUCAAAGCUAGCGAGAAGAUGAAGUUAGACGACGUUAUAGACCAAUUGAUUGCUGAUGCGCCAGUUGAUGAAAUCCCACAAGUGUUGGAGGACCUUAAGAAGAUCUCUUCAAGUAACAUCAAUGCCAUAAUCUCCGAUUCACUGGUUCGUUAUAACCUGGAGAACAAUGUUGUUGUUCAAAGUUCCAAGGGAGGUGUUAUACUCUCCAAGUAUAACCAAUUGGAAGGCUCUACGGAUAAGUUCAUUGACUAUGCGAAGGGGAUCACAGUGACUGUGGAUCACGUCAAGCUGAAGGUUGUUGAUGAAGAGAGUAGCGAUUCUGAUGAACUCUGCGUUGCAUUGGAAUCAGAGUUGCAGAGAUAUGUGGAUGAUAAGUACCCCAAUGAGGUUGACGUACUAGUUACACCCGAUGUCAUCAUAGUAGUUGGGUCCAAAUCAAACGUGGCAAACUUCUGGAGUUCAAGAUGGAGAUCAGUGUAUGACUUUGACGGUGCUACUCUCAGGGGGAAAAUAUCAGUUGACGUUCACUACUACGAAGACGGCAACGUCAGAUUCUUAGGCGAACAUUCUGUUGAGGAAUCCACAGAUGACCCGGUGAAGACCAUCGGGUCUGCGGAGGAUAUUGUGGAGCGUGAUUUGCAGAGAACAAUCUCACAGCUAAACGAUCAGCAUUUCAAACAACUGAGAAGACAAUUACCUGUGACAAGGGCCAAAGUUCAAUGGGGUAAUGCCAUUGGUAAUUACAGAUUGGGCAAAGACGUUGCCAAAUGAGUUGUUCCCACAAUGCCACAGUGUGUUAUUUCUUGUAAUAAAACUAUACACACCCGUAAAUAAAAAGAUUCUAAAAGAGCUUUGUAAGCAUCCAAAUGAUGAAGAAUAUACC